UUCAUUUAUUUUUUAUCACAUUACUAGUUUGCUUGGUUGUGUCAUUUGAUAGUGUCAGUAAGCAAAAUGGCUUGGACCGCGUUCAACGGUUUUAUGCUUUUCAUAUUCAUAGUACAGUCGCAAGCACAAUCGAACCUUUUACGUUCGCUGGCAAACAUAACCUUCCCCGCUACCAAUGCUAAGGACUUCAUCUUCAUCCCUUCCAAAUAUGGAUAUAAAGCAGAGAAACACGAAGUUACGACCGACGACGGAUACAUACUCACGGUGCACAGAAUACCAUCUAAACGCAAAUGCACUAGGACAGCCCCAAUACUGUUAAUGCACGGCCUUCUCCUAUCGUCCGAGUGUUUCGUCGUCUCAGGACCGAACGCUACCGCGUUCGUACUAGCUCGAAAUUGCUACGACGUAUGGGUCGGCAACGUACGCGGCAACCACAACUCCCGGAGACAUGUCACUUUACACCCCGACAGAGACUUGAAGUUCUGGAAGUUUUCCGUCGACGAAAUGGGUUAUCACGACAUUCCGGCCAUGGUUGACUACGUUCUAAAUGCUACGGAUUCUAAAAAGUUGAUUUACAUAGGUUAUUCGCAAGGAAGCGCCACUUUCUUCAUCAUGAACUCGGAGAAACCGGAAUAUGCAAAGAAAAUUAGUCUCUACAUCGGCUUGGCACCGUCUACGACACAAUAUCAUACGAAAUCAGAACUUUACAGAACCGCAGCGGUGUCUAUAAAUUAUUUACAAAAUGCUUUAGAGUCUGCGGGCAUAUGGGAAAUUUUCUCUCGGGGCCAUCCUUCUCAAAUCACCUUAAACACGUUAUGCCAAAUGAAGAUGCUUACAGAGCUAGUUUGCGAUGUUGGAUUAUCCAUACUUGAUUCGCCUCAUGCAGACUCCAUAACCCCAGAAAUUUUAACGCUAAUAUUUGAGUACGAGCCAUCUGGUACGUCUAUUCACAACCUGGCUAGGUAUGGUCAAGCGAUGAAUGACAUUAAGUUUUCCAAAUUCGACUACGGAACUGCGAACAAUUUGAAGUUGUACGGGAGUCCUAUGCCUCCCGAAUAUAACUUGGGUAAGGUGACUAUGCCAGCCGUCUUAUUCUACGGCCAAUCGGACCAUCUUGUGGAUACGGAAGACAUGGAUUGGGUGGCGAGCCAGCUGCCGAACGUUCUGGAAUAUGUGACUAUGGAAGACCCGCUGUGGAACCAUUUCGAUAUGGCGUUCAGUCGAUAUUGGAAGGACACGAUUUUUGUUAAGAUGAAGAAGUACUUAAAUAAAUAUGGUAAUUGUUAUUGAGGAUACGGAACAACCUUGUGAUACUUGUCUGAUUUUACAAGAAAGCAGUUUUUACGAUAAUUAUAAUGGGCUUAAGAUGGUUACGAUCUUCCGAUCAAAUGAUUAUAAUCAAAUAAUAUAAAGUUUUUAUCUAUCUUCGAUACGAUAUGAGUGGUUAUAUUUUAUUAGUUGAAGACGUUGAAGUGUUUAAUUCGUAUAAAUGUGAGUAUGUUUAGUAAACGUGCCAUUUUGUCGGUUACCAUGAAGGCGAGAUUUACUUGUAUCUUUUUAUGAAUAAACUGAAAAAGCGGCUUUAUAGCAAUCAACAAAGUGGGACGUUUUCCCGUGCACACUCACAAAUAAAGUUAUUGCAG